UGUGAAGGAGCAUUUGGUGGAGGCGGGAAUUGAGACAAGGCUUGCGUGAUUGAUUGAUUGAUUGAUCGAUUGAUCGAUUGAUCAUUCUUCCAUCACCAAGAAGUUUCCAUCACCAAGAGUGUGAAGGAGCAUCUGGUGGAGGCGGGAAAUGAGACAAGGCUUGCGUGAUUGAUUGAUCGAUUGAUUGGUCGAUUGAUUGAUUGAUUGAUUGAUUGAUGGAAUCGAGAGUGUGAAGGAGCAUUUUGGUGGAGGCGGGAAUUGAGACAAGGCUUGCGUGAUUGAUUGAUUGAUUGAUUGAUUGAUUGAUUGAUUGAUUGAUUGAUUGAUCAUUCUUCGUCAUGAGAUGGGUGAUUGACAUUUGACAGAAAAUUAUAAUAAACUGGUUUAAUAAACUAAUGGAAAACGUGAUCGAUAUGUCAUAAAAUCUUGUAGGGAUUCUAUAAGAUCUGUUGACAGACACCUGUCGCCCUCCUCGCCUCUUCUCCGUACUGUCCCCUCCCGGUCUCUACGUCCCGGAGAAAGAGAGAAGAGAGGGGAAGAGAAGUGAGGAAAAAGGAGAGGGAGGGGGCGGAAGGGAGGGGAAGGGAGGGGAAGGGAGGGGAAGGGAUUGGUUGGUUGGCAGUGGCCGACCAAUCUGCAGUUUAUUUUUGGGUUUCGAAACGAUCUGAGAAAAGUUAUGGUGUUUAUUUGAUUGACCAGAUUUGUGAAUCGGAUCCCAGGGGUGAGGAGGAUUUACCGUAUUUGUAAACGAGAUCCCAGAGUUGUCAGUUCGGGAUUCCUGAUCCUGACCGUAGAUUGCCGAGAUCUGGAUCAAUGGCCAGAAAGUUGACGAGUUGGCGUGAUUGGGAGAGCUCUCCUCUCCCCAGGAAACGUGCGUAUGUAAGGAAAGAGUUUUCAAGCAGCAAGCGGCCCGGGAUGGGAAUGGAGAGAGAGAGAGAGAGAGAGAGAGAGAGAGAGAGAGAGAGAGAGAGAGAGAGAGAGAGAGAGAGAAUAGUGUCUCUAUGAAGCAGACUGUAUUUAUACCUGUUUACGGUUUGCCUUUUAGCAAGAGAUGCUUUCACUGCUCUUUCUUAGCGAGCGAAUUGUUCUUACUAGUACUUUUAGUUUUUUUUUUUUUUUUUUUUUUUUUUUUUU